GUGUGUUUUUCGAGGGCCGCAUCGUGCUGCAGAUGAAGCAUGGCAGGAGACAGCGAAACAAAGCAAGGUGACCAAGCCGAAAAUGAGAGCAUUAAUCCGCAGCCUUUCCUCAUCGGUGUGGCUGGAGGGACAGCCAGCGGCAAGUCGUCGGUGUGCAGCAAGAUCAUGGAGCUGCUGGGCCAGAACGAGAUCGACCACCACCAGCGGCAGGUGGCCAUCCUCAGCCAAGACAGCUUCUACAGGGUCCUCACCCCAGAACAGAAGGCCAAGGCACUCAAGUGCCAGUUCAACUUCGACCACCCAGAUGCCUUUGACAACGACCUCAUAAUCGCAACUUUGUGGGACAUCAAGAAGGGAAAAACCGUACACAUCCCCGUUUAUGACUUUGUUUCCCAUUCCAGGAAAGAAGAGACGGUGACAGUGUACCCUGCUGAUGUGGUGCUGUUUGAGGGCAUCCUGAUGUUCUAUUCUCAGGAGAUCCGAGACCUUUUCCAAAUGAAGCUGUUCGUAGACACAGACACAGAUACAUGUCUAUCUCGAAGAGUGCUGCGUGAUAUAAAUGAACGUGGACGGGACUUGGAAAGCGUUCUAGCACAGUACAUCACUUUUGUAAAGCCUGCGUUUGAGGAGUUCUGUCUGCCAACAAAGAAAUAUGCCGAUGUGAUCAUACCGAGAGGAGUUGACAAUCUCGUUGCCAUAAAUCUUAUAGUUCAGCACAUCCAGGAUAUUCUGAACGGCGGUUUGACCAAACGGCUGAACGGGUGGCUAAAUGUUAAUGGAACGACGAAGAAGCAGCCAAACAUGGAGUCCAGCAGUCGGCCCCACUGAGUACAGCGCUCCCCGAAGAGAGGAAGGAGGGCUCAAUGAGCCGUAUGUGUGCUACAUUGUGGCUAACAAGGCAGGACUAAUUUCCAGGGACACAAAAGGCCUCUUUUUGAUAUGAUUCUGUUUGGACUGACGAAACGAAUCAAAGGCAAAAUAUCCCUUUUGUGGAGAUUAAAUCUGUAUUCAGUUAUAUAUUUCUCUUCAGUUUGUGUACUGUAUGAUAAAAGGGAUGGGGAGAGAUACAAAGGGGCUACCUUACAAUUUAAUUUAAUAUUGCUGCUUGCCUUUACCACAGCACUGACGAAGCAGAAGCCGUCACGGUGUCUAAAUAAGAUUUCAGAACACCGGACAGCCUUUAACCAUACAAUGAAUGCCGUCAAGCGACAUGCUGCUCAAAGGCAAGGCCUUACCCUGUCUCCCUACUGUUAGAAGGUGCACUGUGUGACCUGACUAAUUCCCUUUAUCAAUGCAACUUGUCAUCUGUUUUUUCUUUUCAAGCUCUGUAUAAAUCCUAAUUUGACUUGUACAAAUAGAUUUUGAAAACGAUGUACUUAAUGGUUUGAGAUUUCAGAUGUUUGUCUCGUCGCUUUGUCUCGUCUACAUCUAACAAACUGAAUUAGUUAUUAGUCAAUUUAAACAACCGAUUCCCACCUCAAACCAUCUGAUGUAUGAAAUCACCAAAGAUCAAUUUCUGUACUGUCCUUGUGGACGAAUUGAUUUUUAUUUCAAUGUGAUACUGACGUUAUCAUAACUCAUUUAAUAAGAUGUUAUGAAAUUUCAACAGGGUAUUAUUUUUCUUUUGAGUCCCAUAAACUUGAAUACUCAGAUGCGUUUGUAUGCAAGUUUAAUUUGAAAGACGCACUGAAAAUGGUGUUUCUUGAUGCACAGAGUUGUUUAAAUGUCAAUAUGUACAAGAUGCCCAAUGUAAAUGUGCACUGUAGGUGUUUAAUGGGAUUUUUGUCCUGCGUACAUUCUCUCAUGAUAAAGUUCUCAGGUACUCCUUGUUUGCUUGAGUUGACACGUGUCAUUUGCAUUUAAAAAUAUAAAUGUAUUUUCAGACAAUGGACUGUUUUCCUCUUAUCUACAUAUUAAAACGUAAAUACCACAAGCUUGGUGACAUAUUGUAGAUGCCAAGACAAGGUUAAACAAUUAAAAUACUUUUAAGUUCCUAAUAAGAGUGAGGUGGUCACAAUGUGGCUGUUGCUAACUUAGAGGCCACUGAAGUCAUUCUUCCUUUGUGUGAAUUUGGGUGUUCGUGCAUUAUUCCAAGGUGGUCAGCCUCGCUGCUAAGCUUGCAGCCGGUUAGCUUCUUUUGUUUUAUGUAUUGUUAGCUGAAAUAAUUCAUAAUACUGGAGCUGGUUUUGAUGUAAUUGCAAGUGGUGGUGCAUUUGCGGCCGUGUUGUUGACAUGACUGUAGUCUGAGAUAGUGUCGGUAAUUCCCGGCUUCUCUGACUCAAGUCGGAGGCUGACAUUGACAUUUAAGUGAAGUGAUGUGAGCGUGGCAAAUGACAAGUCGAAAUGUCUACUAUGAAAAAGGCCUAUGCAGUAUUUUUAUUCUAAUAUAUUUAAAUUCGACUACUUGUUGGCCAACAUAAAUGCACAAGAAUGUGUAAUUGUUUGUCCACGAGUUUUAUUCCUGACAGUGUGUCGAAACAACAUUUGCGACCUUCAUGUUGAGAAUAAAAAAAACAAUUGCAGAAAAUGCAAUUCAACUUUUGAUUAAAUACUAAAAUCCAAAUAUUGAGGAAAGUUUUUGAGGCCUCAUUUUUGGUGUCUGGUCAACAUAUUCAGCUAUGAACCUGUAAUGCAUGCAAGGCCACAGAUAUACAGCGAUGACCCAUAUCCAUACUUAGUCUAAGCAGGGUUUCAGUUUGGAGUGUGUUCACACAGGAAAAGUGAGAAAAUUAUAAUCAUACAUAAAAAAUAAAAACUCAGGGUGCAUUCCAAUACCCAUACUGCCAUAUUAUUUAGUAUACCAGCAAAAUAUUUAGUAUGUCCCAAUAUGUAGUGUGUAAAUGUCUUCUGAUCCACAAUCCUCUGCGCAGCGGAAGAAAUGUCACAUCAACUGAGUCCCAAAGACAGAUGACAGCCUGAUAGCUUAUUGAAAUGUAACGCUACAGACCGCAAGGCAUACAGCAAGAGGGUCAAAUUUCAAGGUGCAAUGUUCUGACAAAGUAGUGUGUCCCAAAUU